AAAAACAGACCUUCCACGAAACUAAAUCAAAACAAUACGUGAUAUCUAACUCUGCUGUACCACCGCUGGCCUUUUCUCCACUUUCCCGGAACCUAUAUCUAUUUAUAUUUAUACUUCUAUUUAUACAAUCAUUUUCUCAUUCAUUUCAUAUCAAAACAAUAUCAUUACUAUUAUAUAUCAAUCGCAAAUAUUAAAAAUUCAUAUGUCUGCUGCAUUCUCAAUGGCAACAAAAAGCCCACAAGUGUUUCAAGAUUACUUACCUAUAAUGGCGGACAAGUUAGGAGGGGAUGGUUUGAUUGAAGAGCUAUGUAACGGGUUUCGUUUACUAAUGGAUCAAGAAAAAGGCGUCAUCACUUUCGAAAGUUUAAAGAAGAAUUCGUCGGUUUUGGGCUUACAAGAUUUGAGCGAUGGUGAUAUUAUGAGUAUGUUGAAAGAAGGUGAUUUUGAUGGAGAUGGUGCUCUUAACCAAAUGGAAUUUUGUGUUCUUAUGUUUAGAUUAAGUCCUGAUUUGAUGGACCAAUCUCAAUAUUUGUUAGAAGAAGCAAUAGAACAGGAGUUUACUCAUGUUUCUUAAUAUUGGAAAUUGUAAUUUAAUUGCUUGAAAUAGUUGAAUACUAACACCUUAGUUUCAUUUCA